CUUUUUUUCCUCUAGGAACGUGUCUUCACUUUUUAUUAUUUUUUUUUAAUUUUUUUUAGCAUUUCUUUUUCCUGCCGGAGGGGGCCUGGGAGAGACCGGGGUUGGUAGACGGGGCUCGUGUGUCUGUGUCUGUCUGUGUCUGUGUCUCGCUCUUGCACGGACACCUUGAGCACGCUGGCGCCUCUCUCCCACGGGGGUUCGGGUUCGGCUGGCCCUUCUGGACGUCCUCCCGCACCCGGGCACUCGGGACUCCGCACUCAGUGUGACCCCAAUCCCCCCCACCCCUAGUCCUGCCUGGAUGCGGAUCGCCGGGUGCCACCACCCGCGACCUGUGUCACUGCGAGGCCUGACUCCCCCGCCUCCCGCCGCCGCCAGCGGUUUGGGGAAGUUCACAUCUGGAUCUCCACACUCGGGUUUUUUGGAAUCCGUGUCUCGCCACUGCCCAGACUCAGACUUACCUGGUGGGCGCCGCCGGGGUUGCGGGACUGCGGCCGCCACCCAUCCUAGCACUGCCGCCACGCCGCGCGCCGCUCCCGUCCCUCCCGGCCGGCCCUCCCGGCCGCCCAGGUCCUGCCCUCGUCCCCAGGAUCGCCAGCCCCAGGGCAGGUGGAGCGCCGUGGAGCCCCGGGCCCGCGCUGAGCCGCUAUGGCUGCGGCGAUCGCCAGCUCCCUGAUCCGGCAGAAGCGACAGGCGAGGGAGUCCAACAGCGACCGGGUGUCGGCCUCCAAGCGCCGCUCCAGCCCCAGCAAAGACGGGCGCUCCCUGUGCGAGAGGCACGUUCUCGGGGUAUUCAGCAAAGUGCGCUUCUGCAGCGGCCGCAAGAGGCCGGUGAGGCGGAGACCAGAACCCCAGCUGAAAGGAAUUGUGACAAGGUUAUUCAGCCAGCAGGGAUAUUUCCUGCAGAUGCACCCAGAUGGUACCAUUGACGGGACCAAGGACGAAAACAGUGACUACACUCUCUUCAAUCUAAUUCCUGUGGGCCUUCGUGUAGUGGCCAUCCAGGGAGUGAAGGCCAGUCUCUACGUGGCCAUGAAUGGUGAAGGCUAUCUCUACAGCUCUGAUGUGUUCACUCCUGAAUGCAAAUUUAAGGAAUCUGUGUUUGAAAACUACUAUGUGAUUUAUUCUUCUACACUUUAUCGUCAGCAAGAAUCAGGCCGAGCUUGGUUUUUGGGACUCAAUAAAGAAGGUCAAAUUAUGAAAGGGAAUAGAGUGAAGAAAACCAAACCCUCAUCACAUUUUGUACCUAAACCGAUUGAAGUGUGUAUGUACAGAGAGCCAUCACUACAUGAAAUUGGAGAAAAACAGGGACGUUCAAGGAAAAGUUCUGGGACACCAACUAUGAAUGGAGGCAAAGUCGUGAAUCAAGAUUCAACAUAGCUGAGAACUUUUUUCCCUCAGUCCCUCUUUCAUCCCUUCCCUUUCUGUUCCCUCCCUUUUACCCAUUUCCUUCCAAUAAACCCAUCCAAGGAGAGGAAAGUAAAAUGGCAACAUGGGACCUAGUGGCUAAGUUUCUGCGCUUAAAUCUUCCUUCUGUGUAGGACAAGAAAAAAAAUGAACCAAAGCUUGCCUGUUGCAAUGUGAUAGAAAAAUGCACAUUCACAAAGAUUAGCAUAUAUCAGAGCAUGGGAAAAAUUGAUCAAGUUGCCACAAGCAUUAAAGUUAACUGUUUUUUGUUACUAAUAGAUUUCUAACUGUAAUAAAUACAUAUUAUAAUGCAAUGAAAUUGUGACUAUUUUAAAGAAAAUUACUUUUGGAAAAUUAAACUUCUGAAUUGCCAUAUUUCCCUAAAUACUUUAACUCCAGAUAUUUUUGAUAUUAACACCAGCUACUAUUGAUACUUUGUGCUCUAUUUUGAUUUGUAUUUUGUUUGGCAUCUGGAGUUAACUUCAUUAUGUUCCUAGAAUUUUUUU